AUGAGCGGACAAGCGGCUAGUUACUACGACCCUAAACAGGGCUUUGACGCCCAGGAUCAAGCUCCCUACGGCAAGAAGAACGAUAAUUACGCGAACGACUACGAUCAGCGCAAUGGCAAUUACCAGCCACCCGUCGAUUACCAACAGCCAGCCAACUAUCAGCAAUCUGGCCCCGAGCAAAAGCCGCAACAGCCUCCAUUCCCCGAUAAUCCGCCGCCCUACAGCACCUUUGAUGAAGCGUUCAAGAUCGAGAAGCCCAAGUACAAUGACAUCUGGGCGGGUCUUCUGUUGAUUGCUGUCUUUCUGGGCUAUGUCGCGGUGUCGGGAGUAACCAUCCAUAAGUAUGCGGCGAACAAGGGGUUUAACGGCGAUGGUAUCUACGACUCGUCGAAUGAUUUCUCGCUUGACACCAAUACUCUGGUGCUUUUUAUCUUCGUCCUUUGUGUCGCUCUUGUCUUCUCGUGGGCGUAUUUCAUGGCCGCACGAUAUUUCACGAAAACCUUCAUAUGGGCUACUGGCAUCUUGAAUAUCGUUUUUGCACUGGCCACCGGUAUCUAUUACAUCGCAAGAGGGCAAUAUGGAGGCGGAAUAGUGUUCUUGAUCUUCGGUGUUUUCGCGAUCAUUUGCUUCAUCAGCUGGAUUCCACGCAUCCCCUUCACGGCCUUUAUGCUGCAGACAACCAUGGACGUUGCACGCGGUUAUGGGCAUGUUUUUCUGGUCAGCGCGCUCGGUGGGAUUGUGACUGUGGCUUUCGCCGCCUGGUUUUCUGUCACGCUGGUUUCGAUAUAUGUCGCCUAUGAGCCGGACUCCACCGGUACCAACCCUUCCUGCAAGAAUGGUGGCUGCAGUACCGCUAAAGUUAUUGGCUUGACUGUGUAUGUGACAUUUGCUAUGUACUGGCUCAGCGAGUGGAUCAAAAACACCGUGCAUACAACGAUCGCUGGGGUGUAUGGAUCGUGGUACUUCUGGAGCAAGUCCGCUGGUGGAAUGCCCAAGGGCUCCACUCGCGGCGCAUUCCGUCGGGCAACUACCUACUCCUUUGGCAGUAUCAGCCUGGGUAGUCUGAUUAUUGCUUUCAUCAACAUGCUCCGCCAGGCAUGCUCCGUUGCACAACGACAAGAAGCGGCUCGGGGUAACUUGGUUGGCAGUAUCUUCAUCUGGAUCCUCGGAUGCUUUAUUUCGUUGCUUGACUGGCUCGUGACCCUGUUCAAUCGCUACGCAUUCUGCCACAUCGCACUUUAUGGCAAGGCGUAUAUCCCAGCUGCGAAAGACACGUGGAAAAUGAUGCGCGAUCGUGGCAUUGAUGCUUUGGUGCAAGACUGCUUGAUGGGUCCUGUUUUGACGAUGGGCUCGACCUUUGUCGCUUACGUCUGCGCCCUGCUGGCCUAUCUAUACCUGCAGUUCACCAAGCCCGCCUACAACCACGAUGGAGACUUCACUGCUGUCAUUAUGGCCUUUGCUUUUGUGAUUGGCCUGCAGAUUUGCCAGGUUUUCAUGACUCCCAUUGGUAGUGGCGUCGAAACGAUCUUCGUGGCUAUGGGCUGGGACCCUCAAGUCAUGAUUAACGAUCAUCCAGAUAUCUACUACAAAUUGGUGGAGCUGUACCCUCGUGUGCAGCAAGCCAUUCACGCCUGA